GGAGUUGGAGAAAAGAGUGGAGCGAAGCCGAUUUCCAUUCAAUGGGUUUAGCGCGCUUACCAUUCUUGGCGCCAAAAUUUGACGACUUAUAAUUUCCUCUUAUUCGUCGUCAGGCGCUCUCUGUUUCUUUAUUGCUCAUCGAAAAGAUGAAUCGCCAGAGGUCUUUACUCUCAUUCUUCCAAAAAUCUUCGUCGACCAACUCAGAUUCCGGCUUGGGCGGCAACCGUGGAGCUCCCAGUUUGCCGAUUAAAGGAGACAAGCACAGUGUUCCGUCUGCUUUCACUCAACCGGCGUCGCUUCUCGCAAAUGAUUCAUCCGCUGAAGUCAGGGGAACUGACACGCCGCCAGAGAAGGUGCCACGUCAGAUUUUGCCGUCCACUUUCUCUUCAAAUGAUAAAAGCAAUGGCGCUACUCCGUUUUCGAGAAUCAUGCAUAAAUUUGUAAGAGACGAAGAUGGUGGCAAAGUUACUCGGAGGAGCCUGUCAUCCAUUGACAUAUUGACUAAAACAUCGCCAGCAUCCGGAAGAUGUGUGAAUGCAAACCUUAAAGAACAGUCCAAACAAGAAGGAGCUUUCCAACCUAUCAUAAAAGAUGAUGUUGCAAUUUCCAAUAAGGCUGAUCAGGAAGACAUCAUUCCUGUUGAACACAAUGAGGAUAUUCCUAGACCUGAAACCCCAGGGAUGCAGCCUCUUGCCUCUCGUGCAAAGCGAUGUCGAGAUGAUGGUUCCAAGUUUAGUUCCUUGCUAGAUUCUAGCAAAAGAGUCAAAUUUUUGGAGGAUUUAACAUCCCUGAAAAGGACAAAAAAGGAAGUAGACAUGGUUAGCAAGUUUGAGUGGCUGGAUCCUUGUCGUAUUAGAGAUGCUAAUGGAAGGAAGCCUGAUGAUCCUCUGUAUGACAGGACAACCCUUUAUAUACCUCCAGAAGUUUUGAAAAAAAUGUCAGCAUCUCAGAAACAGUAUUGGAGUGUCAAAUGUAAAUACAUGGAUGUUGUGCUAUUCUUCAAAGUGGGGAAAUUUUAUGAGCUUUAUGAAAUGGAUGCUGAAAUUGGCCAUAAGGAGCUUGACUGGAAAAUGACAUUAAGUGGUGUAGGAAAAUGUCGGCAGGUUGGUAUCCCUGAAAGUGGGAUUGAUGACGCUGUUCAGAAAUUGGUAGCUCGUGGAUACAAGGUUGGAAGAGUGGAGCAAUUGGAGACAUCUCAAGAAGCAAAGGCCAAAGGCGUUAACUCUAUUAUUCCAAGAAAAUUAGUUCAGGUUGUCACUCCAUCAACCUUGGUGGAUAACAAUAUUGGUCCUGAUGCUGUUCAUCUUCUUGCAAUAAAAGAGGGGAGUGACCUGAAUAAUGGUUCAGUUCAGUAUGGCUUCGCUUUUGUUGACUGUGCCGCACUUAGGUUUUGGGUUGGUUCCAUUGAUGAUGAUGCAUCAUGUUCUGCUUUAGGGGCUUUAUUGUUGCAAGUGUCACCUAAGGAAGUUAUAUAUGAAAGCAGAGGGUUGUCCAAAGAAGCUCAGAAAGCAUUUAAAAAAUACUCAUUAAAUGGUUCCACGACACUACAAUUGACUCCAGUGCAGUCGCUCACUGACUUAAUAUCCCCUGAGGUUACUGAUUUAGUUCGCUUGAAUGGAUACUUUAAGAGGUCAUCUGAUUCACUAGAUCAUGCACUGAGCAAAGUGAAUCAUCCUGAAACCACCAUGUGUGCUCUUGGCGGAUUGAUUAAUCAUCUCACUAGAUUGAUGUUGGAAGAUGUCCUGCAGAAUGGGGAUAUAUAUCCAUACCAAGUUUAUAGGGGCUGCCUCAAAAUGGACGGACAGACAUUGAUUAACCUUGAGAUUUUCAGUAAUAAUGCUGAUGGUGGUCAGUCAGGCACAUUAUACAAAUAUCUUGAUAGUUGUGUAACCUCAUCUGGAAAGCGGGUUCUAAGGAGUUGGAUCUGCCAUCCUCUAAAAGAUGUUGAUGGGAUAAACAACCGGCUAGACGUGGUUGAUGGUCUAGUGUCGUGCCCCGAGAUUGUGUCACUCAUUGCUCAACAUCUUCACAAGCUACCAGAUUUGGAACGAUUGCUUGGCCGGAUCAAGAUUACCCUUCAGUCAUCAGGUCCUCUCCUACUGCCAAUGUUUCGCCAGAAAGUAUUGAAGCGGAGGGUGAAGGUGUUUGGGUCACUUGUGAAAGGCCUUCGAACUGGGUUGAAUUUAUUACUGCUUCUACAGAACGAGGGACCUCUAAUGUCAUCCUUUACUAAAGUUUUUAAAGUUCCAGUUCUGACUGGUAGCUGUGGGCUUGAUCAAUUUCUUAGUCAGUUUGAAGCUGCUAUAGAAAGUGACUUUCCCGAUUACCAGAAUCAUGAGGUAACAGAUGCGGAUGCUGAAACACUUGCUACACUCAUAGAAGUGUUCAUGGAGAAAGUUGCCGAAUGGUUUGAAGUUGUUCAUGCCGUCAAUUGCAUAGAUGUCCUUAGAUCUUUUGCAGUCACUUCCAGCAUGUCAUGUGGAACCAUGUGUCGGCCAGUCAUAGCGUCUUCAUCAAAAAGCACAAGUCAAGAUUUUGUGGGACCUGUGCUUAAAAUGAAGGGGCUAUGGCAUCCAUUUGCCCUUGGAGAGCUUGGAAAUUUGCCUGUCCCCAAUGACAUAAAUCUUGGUGAGAACACAGAUGUCCGUCAUCCUCAUACGUUGCUGCUGACUGGACCAAACAUGGGUGGAAAAUCAACACUUCUGCGUGCCACCUGUCUAGCAGUUAUUAUGGCCCAGCUGGGCUGUUACGUGCCAUGUGAAAACUGUGAUCUCUCAGUUGUGGAUAUCAUCUUCACAAGGCUUGGAGCCACUGAUAGAAUCAUGACCGGCGAGAGCACCUUCUUCAUUGAGUGCACAGAAACUGCACAAGUUCUUCAGAAUGCGACUCAAGAUUCUCUGGUCAUUCUUGACGAAUUGGGCCGGGGAACUAGCACUUUUGAUGGCUAUGCAAUAGCAUACUCAGUUUUCCGCCAUCUGAUCGAAAAGGUCAACUGUCGCUUACUAUUUGCCACACACUACCAUUCGCUCACAAAAGAGUUUGCCUCUCAUCCACAUGUUAUGCUGCAACACAUGGCCUGUGCUUUUGAGUCAGAAUCUGAUGGCCAUUCCAAACGUCGAAAGGAGCUAGUCUUCCUGUAUCGACUUUUCGCCGGAGCGUGUCCAGAGAGCUACGGAUUGCAGGUGGCUCUCAUGGCUGGGAUCCCUGAAAAGAUAGUGAAUGAUGCUUCAAAGGCUAGCCAACGGAUGAAGAAAUCAAUUGGAAGAAGUUUUUGGUCAAGCGAACAGAGAUCAGAGUUCUCUACUCUUCAUGAAGAGUGGUUGAAGACCCUAGUGUCCAUCUCGAGAAUAGAAGAUUGUCUGACCUUCGAUGAAGAUGCUUUCGAUUCGUUGUUUUGUAUGUGGUGUGAGCUGAAGACUUCGCUUAAAUCAGGAAACUAGGAACAAGGAGCAGAUUAGGCAGAGUAAAAAGUCUAUAGGAUUGCAUGUAUAUUAUGGUGUUUUAACUUUAGUGAUUGGCAGAUUUCAAGUAAAGGCUGCUGCUUCCCACAUGCGAGAUGGCUCGAAAUGUUUCCUGUGUGAAAUCAUCGAUAAAGCAUUCUUCAUAUCUAUGCCCUUGUGUUACACAUUGAUACGUGAUACUUACAAUUUUCCCA